UUGUUUUGUUUUUGAAAAUUGUAGCAGUGAGAAAGUCGAUUGAAAAUAUUUUCUUUAGAUACAUAUUUGUAUAAAAUUAGGUAUACCUACUACAAAAUAAUUAUUAUUUGAAAAACAGAAAAUGAAGCGUCAAAAAAAGUUCGAGAGUGAAAAUGGUUUUGAAGCUUGGGGUGACUAUAUGGAUGCAAAAAUCUCCAAAUUAGAGGACCAAUUUCGUCACUCAUCAGCGGCUGCCGAAGGAAAACUAACGAAUCUUUUCGCCGGUAUUUCGAUAUAUGUUAACGGUUACACGAAUCCUUCUGCUGACGAGCUGAAACGUCUGAUGAUGCAACACGGAGGAAUCUAUCACCAUUACAGACGCCCGACGACAACUUACACAAUCGCAUCCAAUCUUCCGGAUGUCAAAGUAAAAUCAAUAACAUCCGAGGUUAUUAUCAGUCCUCAGUGGGUGGUCGACUGCAUAGAAAAUAUGCGUAUUGUCGAUUAUGCGAAAUAUCUGUUGUACUCCAACCAUAAGCCGUCCCAACCGAAAAUAAUGUUCGAGCGAAAUGAGAAGCACACUGACGUACGAAAACCGAAUCAACAGAACGAUAUCAGCAAGGUAGAGGUCCUAAAUUUGAUGAGCAAACUAACUGUACUCAACGAGAAAUUCAAAGGAUCUGUUGCUCACACUAGUCCAACGCAUAAGCAAGAAGCUAGUACGAUCGAAGGUGAAACUGUCGUCGAUGUAGUACCUGAACCAUCAGAUGAGCCUGAAAGCAACAUUGAAAACGUAGUCACAAAUCAACAAACUGAAAUAGCAAAUGACUCGCAUAAGACCACAAAAGUAGCCAUGACGGCAACCGAUCCUAACUUUCUGCAAGAGUUCUUCAAUAACUCUAGGUUGCACCAUAUAGCGACGCUUGGAGCUGGUUUCAAGCAAUACGUUAGUGAAAUGCGUGAAAAGCACGACGGAGUAUUUCCAGAACGUAUUGUUUUACGACAGAAGGUUAGCAACACUGAAGAAUUCGGAACUCAAGGGCCGUUCGUUAUGCAUAUCGAUAUGGAUUGUUUCUUCGUAUCCGUUGGACUUCGUAAAAAUCCGCAUCUCCGAGGGCAACCGGUCGCUGUAACGCACUCGAAGGGUACCGAGGCCGGCAAAAUGCAAUCCCGCCCGGGGCAGGAUCGGUCCAAAGAAAUUGAAUUGUACCAGAAACGACUUGAGGAACGCUAUAAAACACCGGACAUUCCGUACGAGUCGAGAUUGCUUAAUAUCGAUGAUAACAACUCAAUGUCGGAGAUUGCCUCAUGUAGCUAUGAGGCACGUAAAAUGGGUGUCAAGAAUGGAAUGUUUGUCGGGUCCGCUUUGAAACUUUGUCCGAAUUUAAAAACUAUUCCAUAUGAUUUCGAUGGCUAUCGGGAAGUUGCUUUCACACUGUAUAACACUAUCGCCAAGUACACGUUGAACAUCGAAGCAGUAAGUUGUGAUGAAAUGUUUGUUGAUCUAACGGAACUCACCAGGAGCACGAAUAUCAAUGUGAUGGAUUUCGUUAGCUUCAUUCGAGCGCAGAUCAAGGAUAUAACGGGAUGCCCUUGUUCGGCAGGGGUUGGUGCUAAUCGCUUGCAGGCACGUAUGGCUACGAAGAAGGCCAAACCGGAUGGGCAGUAUUAUCUAGCACCCGAUAGUGUUGAAGAUUAUAUGAAAGACAUACCGAUUGGUGACUUACCCGGUAUUGGGCCCAAUACGACAUAUAGGUUAAAGCAGUUAUCAUGGGAUACAUGCGGAGAUCUGCAAAAAAUUUCUACCAUUAUUCUGCAACGAGAGUUUGGAAAAAAAUUCGGUGAUACCAUACAUCAAGCUUGCAGAGGUAUCGACGAUCGACCGUUGGUGUAUGAAAAUAUAAGGAAAUCGGUUUCCGUAGACGUCAAUUACGGUAUUCGAUUUAAGGAUGAUUCUGAAGUUGAACGGUUUAUGAAGCAGCUUUGCGAAGAAAUCCAUAAACGAUUGAAUGAAAUAGAGAAACGUGGGAAACUAAUCACCGUUAAACUGUUGAUUCGAUCUCCGGAGGCUCCAGUGGAAACUGCUAAAUAUAUGGGUCACGGUUUAUGCGACGUAAUCACAAAAUCUGCCCCAUUAAAAGAAUUCACAUGCGAUUUGAACGUUAUUGAAAAAACUGUACUUUCUUUGAUGCGCCAAAUUUCCGCGCCGCCUCAUGAACUACGCGGUAUCGGACUGCAGAUUUCGAAAUUCGAAGAAGGCAAGCACCAAGUUGAGACGAAAAACUCUUUGAAAAUGAUGUUUCAACGAGCUGAAGCUAAAAUUGAAUCAAUCAAAAAAGAACAAAAUACAGGUGAUGUAUUCAAAUUUGAAACAUCACCUGGAAAACCGUAUAUAACCAAAUUAGAAGUCACUCCAACUAAAAUACUGUCAAUUGAAGCUUCAUCGGCACCCCCAUCAGAUAUAUCUUCCAAAAAGAGUGACCCGAAAUCUAAGCCGUCUGCUCAGAAAUGUGGAAGGGGCAGAGGUCGACCCCCGAAAUGUCAAACUCUGAAAAUUAAACAAAAUAACGACAUGUUGCGAUUUCUCAGCGAAUCUAAGAUGGAACCUAAGCAGGAAAUUAUUCCUGAGGGCCUAGACCCCGAGGUGCUAGCAGCACUUCCGGAUGACAUUCGUGCAGAAGUAAUUAGAGAUUAUAAAUUCAAAGCUCAAUCAUCUAUUGCCUCAAACAAAAAAGCGCGUUCAGUCACUGCACAACCGUCGUCAUCAUCAUCAUCUGAAUCCGUUUCUAAUUCAGAAAAAAUAACCGUCGAUUUGAAAUUCCUUCAAGCCCUCCCUGCGGACUUACGACUAGAAGUGGAAAAACAAAUCGCGUUGAACAGGGAUACAAUGCUAGUAACUUCUAAUGAACCAGAAUUCAAUGAACAUCUGCAAGUCACUCCAGAAACGAGUCCAGCCAAAGAAGUAUCAAAAGUAUUUCCAGAAGAACCAGCCACGGAAAAGGUUUCUGAACCGGACAACAUCUUGCUGGGAAAUGAGUGGCGCAAAACGUUACAGGCGUGGAUCGACAGUUCCGAUGAACCAGAAGAGGUAGAUGUCGAUUUGAUAUCCUCCAAUGCGAAGGAACUGGUAGAAAGAAAAUGUUUAAGCGAGUUACAUUUAGUUUUACGAUAUCUGUUUAGGAUUAUUGAAGAGCGGAAAUUGUGCAGCUGGCAUCGGGCAUACUUUCGUAUUGUAGAUUCAACGCAAGUAUUAAUGCAAAAAUCCUAUCGCGGUAAGUUGAGCGUACAGAGUCAGUUUGAAUGCGUCAGCAAGAAUUGUUGCAUUCAACGCAUUUAAUGGCAAUACAAGUUUUUGUUAAAAAAGUUUAAUAAAUGUAGUAUUGUUUGGAAAACAA